GGGGACAGAGGGCAUCGCCACCAUCAUGCUCCCCGCCAUCUACACGGCAGUGGCGGGGUUGCUGCUCCUCCCGCUGCUGGUGAAUUUCUGCUGCUCCUACUUCUUUCAAGACACGAGCUACUUCCUGACGGCGGCCGGAGUGGCCCUAAGGGUACGCAGAUACUCAAGACGCCGGCCGGUGCGCACCAUCUUGAGCGUCUUCUUGGAACGGGCGCGCCAGACACCCAACAAGCCUUUCCUGCUGUUCCAAGAUGAGACGCUCUCCUACGCGCAGGUGGACCGACGGAGCAACCAGGUGGCGCGUCUGCUCCACGACCGCCUCGGACUUCGACAGGGAGACUGCGUCGCCCUCUUUCUGGGCAACGAACCGGCCUAUGUUUGGCUGUGGCUGGGUAUGGCCAAGUUGGGCUGCGCCAUGGCCUGUCUCAACUACAGUAUUCGAGCCAAGUCCCUUGUACAUUGCUUCCAGUGCAGUGGGGCCAAAGUGCUGCUGUCCUCUCCGGCUCUACAAGCAGCCAUUGAAGAGAUAUUGCCAACCCUGAAGAAAGAUGAUGUGUCUAUCUAUUAUCUGAGUAGAACUUCUACCACAGAUGGUGUUGACUCCCUCCUUGACAAAUUGGACGAAACUUCUGAUGAACCCAUCCCAGAGUCUUGGAGGUCAGAUGUUGAUUUUUCAACUCCUGCCAUGUACAUCUAUACUUCUGGGACCACAGGUCUCCCCAAAGCUGCAGUGAUCAAUCAUCGGCGCAUAUGGUAUGCCACUGGCAUCUUCCAAGCAAGCGAUAUCAAUUCAGAGGAUGUGAUCUAUACUCCUCUGCCAAUGUAUCACAGCGCUGCCCUCUUGAUUGGAUUACAUGGAUGCAUUUUAAAAGGUGCUACCUUAGCUUUACGUACCAAAUUUUCAGCCAGCCAGUUCUGGGAAGACUGCAGAAAAUACAAAGUGACAGUCAUACAGUACAUUGGUGAGCUGCUGCGGUAUUUGUGCAACGUACCCGAGAAACCCAAUGAUCGUGAUCACAGAGUGAGAAUGGCAGUGGGUAAUGGCUUGCGAGAAGAUAUUUGGAGGGAAUUCAUCCGCCGAUUUGGAGACAUUCAUAUUUAUGAAUUCUAUGCCUCCACUGAAGGAAAUAUAGGAUUUUUAAAUUACCCAAGAAAGAUUGGUGCUGUGGGAAGACUAAACAUUUUGCAGAAGAAAGCUGUUUCAUAUGAGUUGAUUAAAUAUGAUGUAGAAAAAGAUGAACCUGUCCGAGAUGGAAAUGGAUACUGCAUAAAAGUUCCCAAAGGUGAAGUAGGCUUAUUAAUUUGCAAAAUCACAGAUCUCACACCAUUCAGCGGCUAUGCUGGAGGAAAGAGUCAAACAGAGAAGAAAAAGCUAAGAGAUGUCUUUAAGAAAGGGGAUGUCUAUUUUAACAGCGGUGACCUCUUAUUAAUUGACCGUGAAAACUUCAUCUACUUCCAUGACAGAAUUGGAGAUACUUUCAGGUGGAAAGGGGAAAAUGUGGCAACCACGGAAGUCGCAGAUAUCGUGGGACUGGUUGACUUUGUCCAAGAAGUUAAUGUUUAUGGCGUGCCUGUACCAGGUCAUGAGGGUCGAAUAGGGAUGGCAUCCAUCCGGAUGAAGGAGAACCAUGAGUUUGAUGGGAAGAAGCUCUACAAGCACAUUACUGACUACCUGCCUAGCUAUGCAAGGCCUAGAUUCAUCCGGCUUCAGGAUACUAUUGAAAUUACCGGAACUUUUAAGCACCGUAAAGUGAAGCUUGUGGAGGAGGGAUUCAACCCUGCUGUCAUUAAAGACACCUUAUAUUUCUUGGAUGACACAGAGAAAAUGUACAUCCCCAUGACUGAGGACAUUUAUAACUCCAUAAAUAAUUACAGUCUGAAACUCUGAAUGUUUCUAAGACAGCAGCUAGGCCACAAUCUCUGAAUAUACCCAUUUCAGCGUUUGUUAUAAUCCAAUUUUAAUUCAACUGAAGAUUAGAAAAUAUAAUUUUCUAUGAACUGAUGCCUACUGUAAGGGAAGAGGCUUUUUUGUUGUUGUUUUGUGUUUUUUUCUUUAAAUUUAUCUGAACUUUUGCAAAUGCAAAGAUCUAGAGUUAAUUUGUUUUUAAAUUUGCACCUACUGUUUGUAUUUGCAAACUGGAUUUAUUGAAGGGAGGGGGGAUUUUUUUUUAAAUCAUAAUAAAACAGAUCAUUAAAGUGUG